AUGUAUGCUGCUCUCCUUCUCUUGGCAGCCUGCCUGCCCUCUAGAUGGAUGGUGGAGCAGAAGGCCCUGGAUGUCUACGUGAAGCAGUAUGACCCUCACUAUAGAUACACCCUGAUGAAGAAGGAGGAUAAGUGGGGUGCCACUGUCUAUACGCUCAACAUGACCUCACUGAAGUGGCUGAAUGGUGAGAGUAGAAUCAAUCUCCUUACUGCUCUUUCCCUUUGAGGGGGUGCAGCGGUGGGAGGGAGGAAGGCUAGGCUGUUGAGGAGGCUGCUGGGUGGGUGUGAUUCACUCUGUGGGAAGCAAAGAAACAUGAGGGGCAGUAAGUACUAGUCCUGUGGUCUGCCGUGGCUAGUUAUGAAAGGGAUCCAAACCACUGCUUCUUCCUACCUUCUGGGGGAAACUGAAUCAGUUAUGGAGCAAAAAAAGCAAGGCCAUGGGUCUAAACAGAAAAUGCAUAAACAGUAUUGUAUGUUUCAUCCUCCUUUUUACUCUCAAGAACUGAAAAGUUACCAUAAAUAGUUGGGGGAGACGCUGUUUCUUCAUGUGCACUUGAGACAAAGGUGAGGAAUGUUUAUGACAGGGGAAGGGAUGUAAUUUUUGUGAUGGCUACGUGAACAUGCCUCUUUGCAGCUGUCUCUAUAGACAGAGUGAUCCUUACAUUAGUUUGCAUAGAUGAAAAAGGCUGGAUCCCUAGAAAUCGUGCUCCGGCGGCGUGGCAGCAGCGGGAGGCCCCAUUAGCUAAAGUGGUGCUUCAGGUUAAGAACAGUUUCAGGUUAAGAACGGACCUCCAGAACGAAUUAGGUACUUAACCCUAGGUACCACUGUAUAUUGAAAUACUUACCAGGCCUAAUGCGGAUACAGGCUCUUCUUUGAACCUAACUCAGACAGUGGGACUACCAUUUGUUUGCAUUAACUUUCUGCUCAGCACAGGUGUGGAGGGGUACAUUCCCCCCCUCUUUUAAAGUGAUCCUGCAGGGACAACUCACUUCCCAGAUGACAUACGACCAUGGAUGGGUGGGAAAUUAGAUUCAGUUCGCACUUGGAGAUCAACCUACCUAAUUUGCAAUUCCCAAAGCCAUAUGAAAACUGAAUCGUAGCCAUCCUUUGAAAUUCACAUUUCUCCAGAGUUUGCAAUGCCAUUAUACAGCCAAGUAAUAUGAACAAAAAUGAACAUAUUGUAGUCAAGAUCACACACAAGAAUGCAUUUCAUUAGGAGACAUUGUUUUGCAAAAAUGUGUAGAUUAGGCAAAAUUGUAUACAAAAAUUUCAAUGUUAGGUCAAAUGUACAUUAAAAUGCAUGGGGAUAUAGAUAUAGAUAUAGAUAUAGAUAUAGAUAUAGAUAUAGAUAUAGAUAUAGAUAUAGAUAUAGAUGUUAUAGAUAUAGAUAUAGAUAGACAAACUGCUGUGGAAAUGUGGACAACUGAACUUUACAUUUUAAAAAAUGGGAGCCAGGUAUACCAAAGCUGACAGAUUUCCCCAUCCCUGCUUAAAAGACUCUCCCACCUUUUUUUGCUCAUCAUAGUAAUGGAAUGAUGCUAUAACCAAGAGAAAUGCCAAUGUGAGUGGUGAAUGAAAUUGUAAAAAAAUACCAGUACUACAAUUCUUCACAAAGAAAAUGGUUUUUGUGUGUCUGUGGAUUUCAGCUUGGAGGGUGAGAGGUGGUGAUUAGGAAUGGAUAUGUCCAUUUCAGUUCUUUCGGCUUCUCUUUUCUCCAAUCUUAAAAUUAAGUUUUCCAUAUUUCUGCAGCUAUCUGUGAUAUUUUAAAAAAGAAUUUCCUCAUGAAAAUUGUUCAGUAUUGUAGUGCCAAUUUCUCCCAAGCAAUUUCACUCAAUAUAAUACAUUUUUGUAUGUUAUUUUCAUUGAUGCAAUAAUUGCUAUGCACUCAUUCCCCUAAUAAAUGCAUUUUCUGUAAACAUUGGUUGAUUGGAUAAUUGUACUGCAACAUUUGGAUGCGUGCAAAUUUCAAAGGAUGGCUGUGUUUUGGUUCUCAUAAUGUUUCAGAAAGAAUGAAUUUCAAAGUUUUGCCUUUAAAUGGCACCAGAAUUGAAUUUCUGCCCCCACCCCCUGGUGCUGACAGAAGUUAACAGCACCUGGAAUGGGAAGAUGUUGGCUUCAUUCAGGGUUGGGGAACCUGUGGCCCAGCAGAUGUUGCUGAAUUCUCGUCAGCCCUGACCGCUGGCUGGUUUGGGCUUGUGGGAGCUGGAGUUCAACAGCAUCUGGAGAGUACAAGUUCUCCAUCUCUGCCCUAAGUGAUUUGAUCUGUGUCAAGGAGAGUCCAGUGUCCUUCCUUUCACUUCCUUGUGCCAACUCUUUCUUACACUCUCUUUCUACUUUGUUAAUUUUCUACUACUAGAUAAAUAUUCAUUAUGCCUCCUGGGUGGAAAAUGUAUUUCAAAGGGAAAGUGGAGUCCUCAUUCCCAGAUGAAUAGAUUAUGUGUAUCUCUUUUCAGAGUCUGAAUUGACUAACCCAAUUUGGUGGCAUGAGCUGAUCAUUGCUGUGUCAAAGGAACAAAAACUGAAGGACUCAUGUUUGCUGAUGAUUGGGAAAGGCAGAAAUAAUGCAUCUAAUACUUCCACAGAUUUGAGUGUUGAUGAGCUCGUCAAUCUAGCAAAAUCCACUGGGUCGUAAGUAAUUGGUGGGAUCUCUGAGCAAUGAAUAUGGCACCAGCUCUGCUCUGUUAAGACUGUUAAGGGAAUUAGCAGCCAUGCAAGAAUGGAGAACAGUGAGGUAGACAUACUUGAUGGAGGGAGGGCGUGUAGAAAAUACUUUUCCUGGUGGGGAAUGAGGGUUAGAAUUAGGGCUGCACAUCAUUUUUGGACAACGCUUGAGCUGAGGUGAAAUGCCUCAGAAUGAUUUGGGGCUUAUCUGAAGCAAAGCAGGAUUUGUAUGGGCAUGGGCACCUCCUGAGGUGCUUUGUAGUGUCCUGCGAAUCCAGAUGUAAAACAACAAGUGUCUAGUAAAAGGCAAACGAAAUGUCUAAGUCAAGAAUGAAGAAUCUAUUUUGGCUUGGUGGGCCACAUCUUUAUUUCCCCCUACUCUGUGGCCAACUUGGACAGAUGGGCAGAGUCAAUCAUCCCGAGAUCAUAGUGACAUCAGGUGGCUGAUAGCUGUGUGGUCUCACCCAUGAGUGGGGGCGGGAGGAUCUGCUUUGCCAGAGUGUUCCCUGGAAAAGUAGCACCCAGCAGUACUGAAUCCUAUCCUGACCAUUUGAUGCUCAGAGUGUUCAGUCCUGCUGACUGUAGGGGUCUGCUUCAGCAGCGCUUUCCCCAUAAACUGGCAAAGCAGUACCCAUCAGGAAUUCACCUUGCCCUGCCCACCAGCUGAUGUCAACCCCUGGCAGGCGAAGACUUAUCCAAGAGCCAGAUAUUCUCCCCAAGCCAUCGUCCAAGCUUACCAUAUAAGGAAUAACAUCAGCAUGGGGAGUGGGUGGAGGGGAAGUUCACGUGCUUCAGAAAAGUUGCACAUGCGGUAAAUCUUUGCUUACUUAUACAGUGGUGAAAGUUCCUAAAUUAUUGGUAUAGGCCAGGGCUUUUUUUAAAAAAGGUUUAGGGGUGCUCUCAUUUUCCUGCUCAUAUUGAAAUACUGCCCCUCAAUGAGGCCAAAAUGUUUAGGGGUAUGAAUCCCCCUGCGUCCCCCCAGAAAAAAAGCACUGGGUAUAGGAACUGAAGAGGGGCUGAUGAGAGCUGUGUUGUCUGAGCUUGAGCAACCAGCUCAAACCUCUUCACAUGCUGUGUUUCUGAGGUAGCCUUGAAUACCUAGUUCCUCCCAAGGUGAAGUGAGCAUAGCUAAGCCUGGCAGGUCGAUUGCUCUAUGGUAUUAACCCCUUCAUGCAUUAAUUAGACUUAAAUAUGUUCGUUAUCCCACAUGUACUAGAGGUGUUGUAUAUUCGCAACCUGUGAGUGUUAUUGGAGGAGGAAACACCAUACUGAGUUCUCACUAAUAAAGCAGUCAGAAACAAAAAUGGUCUGAAAGCCAGGUUCUCUAUGCGCCAGAGUGACAUAUUAGUUCAUCUUCCUCUCAGCCCCCCCAAUAAGUAACAAGAAAGGUAAUAUUGCUUGAAUUCUCUGUCUCUUCCUUGAUUUUAGUAAAUCUUAUGAUUGUUCCAAAGCUGCCCAGAGCUAUUGACUCUGGUCUCUUUGGCCUCAUUGCCUGUUGAUCACAAAUGACGUUACUCCUGUUGACUAAUAUUUUGUUUUGUCUCUGAAGCUGUGCAGCUCUUUUGGGGCAGAUUCCAAACCAGCCAAUCACCUACAAGGUAAGUGCUCUAGGAUCUUUACUAUGCUGAGAACUUCCCACAAUCAUUUUCAAACUCGUGUAGGAGACAGGAGUCGGCUGGGUGGGUGGAACUGGGGAAACAGGUGUGGCUGUCACAUUUUCUCACUGGAAACUUCCAUUACAGAUUCUCUUCCCCCAAUUUCACUCUAAUGAGGGAAGUGUUUACUUUCUCAGAGCAAAAUCUAGCAGAAAUCUACAGAUUGUCUGAUAACCUUUCUUCAUAAGCAAAUUGCAUUUCAUAAUCGUGAAGAAUUAACCAUCUCUUUCAUAGAAGUGGUUCAAAAUACUAGAAUUAAAAUGUGGGAGCCAAGUCAUGUGGUGCGCAUCUCCUUAGAGAAGGUGAAGGUGAGAGCAGCAGGAGCCUGUUCCUCAGAUACUUACUGGAGCCAUGGACUCCUACUGCAUUCCCAGUGGGUUGUACAUGGGGCAACUGCGCCUCUUCAUCACUAGGAGUUGAAAAAUCCUGGCCUGCCUUACCAGGACCUCUGUUCUUAAAUGUUGUAGGGACGCGGGCGGCGCUGUGGUCUAAACCACUGAGCCUCUUGGACUUGCUUAUCAGAAGGUCAGCGGUUCAAAUCUACGUGGUGGGGUGAGCUCCCAUUGCUCUGUCCCAGCUUCUGCCAACCUAGCAGUUCGAAAGCACGCCAAUGCAAGUAGAUAAAUAGGGACCGCUGUGGCUGGAAGGUAAACGGCGUUUCCAUGUGCUCUGGUUUCCAUCACAGUGUUCAGUUGCACCAGAAACAGUUUAGUCAUGCUGGCCACAUGACCCGGAAAACUGUCUGUGGAUAAACGCCUGCUCCCUCAGCCUGAAAGCGAGAUGAGCACUGCAUACCUUUUCUAAAAUGUUGUUUUUGGUGGCUCAGCAAUUUGCAAUCAUGGUUACUGUGGGCAGUUUAGCCCAAAUGUGUGUGUAAAUGAAAGACAUGCAGGAUUUUGUUGGUAUUUGCAGUGGUGAGAGGGGAGAGGAUUUCUGUUGGAUAGGUUUGGCAAUAUAUUUGGCAUGCUGAUCCCUGCUCCGUUAAACAGAACAACCCAUCCAUCAACUAACCUAAACAGAUGCCUUGCCUUGCUGGAGUGAUAGCUAAUUCCCUUCCUAUUCACCUGGUGAAAGCUGACCUGUCAGGCUGUUCUAGGGGUCCAGAUGGGAUGCUUCAACCAAAAACACAUUCAUCUUUCUUUUAUUUUGCUUCCAGACAAUCCCUUUGCAGAUGUGCAAGAACAGCUUUGAAAAUGCUGCGGUUUAUUGUACGUGGUGGAAAUUCAUGAAUGACAAGAGUGAGCAACCUCACGGGCUAAUUCAGUUUCCAAUGGUCAAGGUAACUCUGGCUUUCUGCACAUGCUGCUAUCAUUCUGGAAAAAUGUUCUUUGUUGUUUCCAGAAACCCCUUAAAGCUGGCAGAACUACUGUAAGUUUUGCAAACCACAUACCCCUUAUAUACGUAUACAUAUAUACAUACAAACACACACACACACACACACAAUCUAUAAGCUUGCAAAUCACAGAACCUAGAAGCAGGUGAGGUGGUGGCCUCAGGUGAUAGAUCUGGGUGCAAAGAGUACACCACUUGCUGCCACCUCCAACGUGGAUGCCCCCUGCAGUAGUAGUAGUAGUAUGUGUGUGCCCAUGCCUGUGGAGAGGUACGCCUGUGGCAAAGGUGGAAGUUGCAUAUAGGGGACAUGGCAUGUAGGCAGGGGCAUGGCAGCAGAGGAAUGGGUCCAUGGAAGAGGAGGCGGGGCAGGGGCCUGGUGGCAUCUGAAUGUAUUUGGAUUAAGGAUAUCUCCUUGAGGUUUUCACCUACUUUUUGGAGCAGGUAAAUUAGUUGUUUUCUGUUCCUGGUACACGGUCUGUAUGGACAAAUAUUGUUUCCCAUUAAGAUAUUCUGGAACAAGAACAAAAUACUGUAUAAGAUGAGAUGAAUUUUAACACAUUCCUAUAUAUGUUUGCACAGAAGUAAGAUACAUUGAGUUCAAUGGACUUACUCCCAGGUAAGCAUAUCUAGGAUUGCAGCCUUAGAAAGGACAUUUGAAACUAUCACAAUGGUUUCAAUUUAUGAAGAUAGAUUAUGUUAUUAAAAAUAUUAGGAAGAUGAAUUAUUACUAAUUAGGAAGGUUAUUUGCAAUUUGGAAACAGGGAUGACAAAGAUAUGGUUCAAAAGCUGUUCAAGAAUGUGCCAUAUAUUAAUAAAAUAAAAAAGAACAUAGAAAGCAUAACAUUUUAAGACUUCCUGGCAACUUUUAGUUAAGCAGAAUGGAAAUCUUUCUCUUUUUGUAUUAAUUUGGCAGAGAAUUAUUAAAAGGUGUUAUAUUGUUGGCAUCUGACACUUAAGAAAAUGAAUGAAAUAUAUAAUACAUAUUAAUGCUGGAAAUAAUGAUGGUGAUAAUUACUAUGCCUAGGUGACAACAUUAGCCCACUAAUAUAUUUUUUCAUUCUUUUUUGAUAAUAAUUUUUAUUAGUUUUCAAUUACAAUCCAAUAAUAGCCUCAUUAUAAGGAUACCAAUUUAUAAUACAAUUAUUAAUACCAAUUGUUCAAAUACCAAAUUAUAUACAGUGGUACCUUGGUUGUCAAACGGCUUGACUCCCGAACAAAUCGGCUCCUGAACACCACAAACCCGGAAGUGAGUGUUCCAAUUUGCAAACAUUUUUCGGAAGCCAAAUGUCCGACGCGGCUUUCGCAGCUUCCAGUUGGGUGCAGGAAGCUCUUGCAGCCAAUCGGAAGCUAUGCCUUGGUUUUCAAACAGUUCCAGGAGUCGAACAGACUCCCAGAACGGAUUAAGUUUGACAACCAUGGUACCACUGUAAUUUAGAUAAGGUGGCUCUCCACGUGCUAGAACUGAUGGCUUAGUUAUUUGCUUUAUUUUUGUGUUCCAAAAUCUUAUUAAUUUCAAGUACAUUCCGUUCAUAAUAAUAAUCCCUUAUACAACAACUACAAUACUAAUAACUUCUAUUUGUGUUGACACAUUAAAUGACUUAUAAAACUACAAGUGACGAACUAUAUCCUUGUUCUUCCUGUGUGUGGCAAUUAUUCUGCCCAUGGUGUUUGUUCCCGUCCUUGUCUCUCUCCCCCCUCCCCCCCGGUUGUUGCUGUUAUUCAUCAUGUCAUAUUCCAUUGUUGUUUCAGAAAUUUCUCCAUUGCUCCAUCCCGUGUGUUGUUGUUUUGCGACCUUGACAAGAGCUGAAAAAAUCACUCUGUCCCAAUAAAAAACCUGUUUUCACAAUUUCCCCUCUCAGCCUGGGAAGAAGAGUGGUCUGUCGAACUGCAGAUGACUCAAUAACAAACCUUAUCAGUUCCUUGGCAAGUUCACAGAUGCCUUUCAUCUUUCUGUCCAACUGAAGAUAAAUGAGCAAUUAUACUUCCACUUAAAUCAAAUUCUGAGUCCUCUUAGCGUUAUUCAGUUCACUCCAUAAAUAAUAAAGGAUGGGGAAGAGUCAGCUCUAAGUUUCCAUUCUAAACCUUUUGCAAAAUAGAGCUUCCCUUCCUUUUUCCUUUUUCCUUUUUUUUUACACACACAGUUCUGUUUAAUGUUAUAUUCCAUAUCUAUAAUCCAAUUUAUUCCAUCCUCGCUUGUACAAAUAUAAUUUGGACUAAACAUUCAGAGGAGGGUUGCCAAAUCAUAUAUGUAGAGAAGAAAACUUUAAAUAAAUAAACCAUAGGUUCCCCCCACUGUCUUUUGCACCAAAUGAAGUUUUAUCUCAAAUUCAAACCUUAAAGUCCUUGCAGUUGUUUAUGUUUUGCAAUUUGUGAUAUCAUCUUUUCUAGUAUGCUCCUGUACUUUAGUCCAAUUAAACUCUAAUUAAAGGGAGAACCUCUGCUCCUUAAUGAUGGCAUUGGAGGAUUUUCGGCAGGUGAAGUGCUUUUGCACUCAGUGCCUCCCUGCCUCCCGCAAUCCAUGCCAGAGCGAGAGCAAGGUACCGAGACAAACUGCGAGUGAAGCCCAUUUCCCCCUGUCCCUGGGGGGAUUUUGCAAGGAUAAUUACCCUCAAUCAUCCUGGUUUUUCCUUUGCCAAUGAUCUCCUGCUAUCGUGGGAGCUGCCUCCAUUAAGGCAGAGGGGAACCAGAAGCCAAUAUAUUUUCUCAUUCCGGACUUCAGGGGAAGAAGAUGGCAAAAUAGUAAUCAGUUGCUGACAUGCCUGUCAGCAAAGAUAAAUAUGCGGUGAUGAAAAGCAACCAAGGUACAAAUCUUGGUUGCCAAAUCUCCUGUUUGAGAUAAGGGUAUUCAGGGAUCAACUCCAGAGACUACAAUCCUCUUCUGUUAUGUGCAGGCAGCUGUGCGAGGCAUGGACACAAUAAUAGAUUUCCUGCUGAAAGAAUCUGGUGGAACAGUGAAGAUCACAAAGUUCACAUUGACCGGUAUUUCCAAGGUAGAUAUGAACUGCAGGUCUGUGCUGUAUUGGAUUUUCGAUACACCAGAAUUAACCCUAUGCAUGCUCAUCCCUAUUUCACCUGUAUAUGCCAUGUUUAGGUUCUCCAGUGGGAACUGAAUACCUCUGCAUCUUUAUGCUUUAUCUCUUUGUUUUAGCGUGGCUGGGCCACCUGGCUGACAGCAGCUGUGGACAAGAGAGUUGUGUCAUUUAUUCCAAUUGUUUAUGAUCUUUUGAAUUUCGUUAAGGUGAGUAGAUGUUCAAAGGAUGGUGCACAAGCUGUGUGUACUUAGUCUUCUUCAUAGUUCCUUCAUAGUACUCUGGACAAAUAAGAAUAUGUUGGCCAUUUGCAGGCAGGCCACAAAUGUGAGAGCCAGUGAAACUUCUGAGGAAGGGCACUCCACAGCUUCAGCACCACUACUGCAAAGACCCUGUCCUGUGUCCUAAUCAGCCAUGCUUUUGAAGGCAAGGGACAGUGAGGAAUCCCUCCAGUGAUUGUAAGGGAGGAGAGGCAAAUUUGUGGAGGGAAAAUGGUCCUUCAAAUAUCCUGUCCCCAAAUAUUGGUUCAUUAACUGUUGGCUUCUAGGUUUGGGGAGGAACAAAGCUUUGCAAGCAUAUUUCUUUUCCCACAAUCCUGGCAAUUAUGGAGGGUGAACUGGAUGAUUUCAUGAAGUAGUGCCAUAGACAUUACAUGUAACAUUUGGUUCCUCUUAACUGGCAUUCUUAACUGAACAUAAUGGAACACACACACUGAAGGGAGGGGCUGAUUCCGGAGCAAAACACACAAGCCCCGCCCACCAGAUACCAAGCACUCUACUAUUCAAAUUAGGCCCCAGUGUUUUUCUUACAAACACAAUACAAGUAAAUAGCAACAGCAACAAACAAACAAACAAAACCAACAACAACCCAUGAGAGCCAUAGGCAUUGACUGUUGACCCUAAUUUAUUGGCAUGUCCUGUUUUGUGUCCAUCAGCUUAGCCAGAAGUGUACCUAGGGGUUGGCAAAACUGACUACUGCCCAAGGGGUGGGGCGCUAAAAUCACCUGUUGGAUGCUGGAGUCCUCCCAUGACUCUUGGAGUACUCCCCACCACUCAGCACUCCAACACCUGCUAUGCCCGCAGAAGGAAUCCAUCCGGAUCUCCAGGAGAAAAAGGCUGCUGCUGCUAUUGCUAUAGGAGAGAGCAGGAAGGGGUCCUUGGAGUGGCUUCCAGGCACAGAGCAGUGCAGCUGCCCUGUCAGCCCUGAAGAUGCAAAUUCCUCCUGUCCAGGCAAGCUCACCUGCUUCUAAAAAAUUGGGGGCACCAAUACAGCUCCAAGGGACCCUAGGUAUGCCUCUGAGCUUAGCCCUGUUAAAGAGCUGAAUAAAUAUUAUGGUUUUAGCAUUUGACUCUCCUCCAUACUGUAGGACUUCAGGUUCUUAAUAUAUGACAGUGUCAUAUAUUACCCUCCAUCAUUUCUCAGUGAAGUGAUGGACAUGAGGCAGCAGUUGAUAAUGCAGGUGAGCUGCGCACAGGUGAGCUGCAUGCAAGCUGCCGGCCAGCCCUGUGGAGCCUCCUUUUAUUGACACGAAUAUGCAAACCCAGGCAGAUACAUUUUGGGCUUUACACAUCUUCCAGUCCCGAGAUUGUGGGGUGGUACAAAGCUAUUUUGGCACCUGUUUCCACCGCUUCAUUUUCCCCUUGCACAGUGUAUGACGAAGGAGACAAAAGGUCUCAAAGACAAAGGUUACAGACACGGCACCACAGACUACUGAGAAUGCAAAGGGUUAGACAGUGGGCGCGAUGUUCAGACAGCUGUGGCUUUAUCUGUGAGGGGGGAUCUGUGCCCCACACCCCAAGGUCACGCGUGCAGGCAGACUGAGGCUGCCUGCGGGUAGGGAGCGUUCUCCCUCUGGACCCCGCGAUCAUCCCUACAUCUCAGAAAAUAGGGACAUUCUACUAAUGUAGAAUGGAAUGUUCUUAUUUGAUGUGCACUUAGAACUCUUUUCUUCUACUGUGCCACAGAACAGGCAUCAUCAAUACCGAGCAUACUGUGGCUGGGGAAGGUCAUUGAAAGUCUUCUAUCAGCUGAACCUAACUCGGCAGUUGGACUCUCCACGGUUUAAGGAAUUAACUUCAUAUGUUGAUCCAUUUCGUGAGUAAUUCUUACCACCUCAGAUUUCUCUGACAAAUGAAAUGGUAGCAGAAUAGCAGAACAAAGGGUUGAAUUGGUGGGAAAGGGCAGCCCUGGGGAAUUGUGGUGGCACUUAAAAAUUGCUCAAAAACAUUUUUUUGUGAUUUUGCCAAAAAAGCUCAACGACUUUUGUGCGGGAUUUUCACUUUUUGAAAUAUGGCAACCCUAAAUUAAACCUAAGAUAAAAUAUGGCAUGUGGCUACUUUGUGGAAAGCUUUAAGAGAAUCCCCCAAGGCCAUGAUCCUUCAAAUCAAAAGGGCAGAGAAGUUAUAUUGGGAUCUAGUACUAGACAUUUGGGUUACAGGAAGUAAGUUGUUUAAAUUACGAUUUGUUUUAACAAUAGCAACAGCAAACAUAUGAGGGUUUUCCUUCUAAAAAUCAGGCUGCUGAGAUGAAGAAAGCUCAAAAGAACCUUCAGAAUCUUCAGCUGGCCCCGAAUGCAGCACUGGGGGGGUCUUGAUAGGAACUCGCCCGUGGGAUCUCGGGUCAUCUAUUUUUUCAUUAGACCACACUGGCUUCCAAUAUCUUUCCAGGAAUAAUUCAGUGCAGUAGCAUCACCUUUAAAACCCUGGCUGGUUUGGGCCAAGAUUAUCAAAAAGGGCCAUCUCCUCCCAUAUGAGUAAGCUCAUUUCUUAUGAUCCACAGGGGUAGCUUUUAUAAGCAUCCCACCAUGGAGAGAGGUACUGUUUGUUGGGAAUGGGGACUGUGGAACCUCCUGCCACAAGACGUUAACUGGGUCCCCUCUGUUCUGGCUGUUAGUUGGCUGGCUUUUGUUCCAUGUUGUGUUGGAUGCUUUUAUCCAUGGUGCUUGUUCCAAUUCCAUGUCUCGAUUUCUGUCAGAAAUGUAUGAAAGUACCCAAGGAGUCCUUUUUUAAAGUAACAAAGCAGACCCUCUAUUUUCCAGGGAUGUCCCUGAUUUAGAGAAGCCGUCAGGGUUUCUGAUUUGAUCCCAGAAUGUCCCACUUUUCCUUAGGAUGUACCUGUUUUCAUUGGAGAAAUGUUGGAGGGUAUGGAGUUAUCCAACCCCUGAGCCUGCAUAGGGAAGUUUUUAAAAUAUUUAAUGUUUUAGUAUGUUUUUAUAUUUGUUGGAAGCUGCCCAGAGUGGCUGAGGCAACCCAGUCAGAUGUGUGGGGUAUAAAUAGUAAAAUUAUCAUUAUGGAAUGGAACGUCCCUAUUUUCAUAGGAGAAAUGUUGGAGGGUAUGAUCUGGUUUCUAAGCAAGCCGAAUUGAUAAUAAACAUGUCGUUAUAGUCUAGGUUCUCAGAAGUAGCCCAGCCUUAGGCCAAGAUGCCAGAGGACAGCAACAGCAGACCCCCUCACAGCUGUUUCUUUGGAGUCUGCCAGUAUUCUAAUGCCAUUACAGUGGUACCUCGGGUUACAGACGCUUCAGGUUACAGACUCCGCUAACCCAGAAAUAGUACCUCAGGUUAAGAACUUUGCUUCAGGAUGAGAACAGAAAUCGUGCAGCAGCAGUGUAGCGGCAGCAGGAGGUCUCAUUAGCUAAAGUGGUGCUUCAGGUUAAGAACAGUUUCAGGUUAAGAACGGACCUCCAGAACAAAUUAAGUUCUUAACCCGAGGUACCACUGUAUAUUAACCUAAGCUGUGACUGCAUUUGGAAUACUGUGUAGAGUUUGGUCCGUCACACCUCCGAAAGGUUAUCGUAGAGCAGGAAAAGGUUCAGAAAAGAACAGCCAAAAUUAUCAAGGAGGUGGCCACUUUGAGAACAGAGUGCAGGCCUAGGUGGACCAUUGGUCUGCUCUGAGGGGAUCUCCUUGUGUACCUGUGAUGUACCUGUUGUGUACCUGCUCUGAGAGGAUCUCCUUGUGUACCUGUGAGGCUGCAUGGCCAGUUCUACCAAUCCAAUUAGCUUCUUCGCCAGGAACAAUAAGGGUGUGUAAUCCUAUCCUCCGUCUUGAGCAAAAUUCAUUUUGGGCCAGGCCUACCUGUUGAAGAUGAAGGUGGGAUAUAAAUUAUUCUAAUAAUCCCCGCGGCGGGGUGAGCUCCCGUCAUUCGGUCCCAGCUCCUGCCCACCUAGCAGUUCGAAAGCACCCCUAAGUGCAAGUAGAUAAAUAGGUACCACUUUAUAGCGGGAAGGUAAACAGCGUUUCCGUGUGCUGCUCUGGUGCUGGCUCGCCAGAGCAGCUUCGUCACGCUGGCCACGUGACCCGGAAGUGUCUCUGGACAGCGCUGGCCCCCGGCCUCUUAAGCGAGAUGGGCGCGCAACCCCAGAGUCGGUCACGACUGGCCCGUACGGGCAGGGGUACCUUUACCUUUACCUUUAAUAAAUAAAUAAUGCAUCCUGAGGCAUCUCAUAUUGGUUUCUUGAUGACCUGGAGAACCUACUAUCAAACUUCUUUCAAAGACCCAAACAGCAUAUAUACUAUAGAAAGACUCCCUUUUCAACAUUGCAACACCAACAUUUGCUAUCUAGACUUUGAUCCAUGGUUCUAGUUUGCCACAAUAAAGCUGUUUUACAUAUUUUUCAGUUAUAUUUUUGUUCCCACCUGCCCAAUGAAUGUCUCUUGUUUUCCAUUGCUCCUGUCCAGUCUUACCAGCCUUUGAUGAUGGAAAUAAGUAGUAGCAACUUGAGAACUGCAUGUGUUGACCAAUACAGUAACAUUUAAUUUUUCAAUCCUCAGAAUAUAAUGAGCGAUAUCAAAAUAAGCCCAAGUGCCUAAUCUGUGGAACAGGAGAUGGAAUAAACCCGCCUGAUGACUCUCACUAUUUCUUUGAUCAACUAGCAGGAGAGAAAUAUAUCCGGUGAGUUCAUGCUGCAAAAAAUUAUCCUUUUCGAGGCAAUGAAAUCAUCCCUCUGGUUAAAGACAGUGACUGGAUGGCUUGAGACCCAAAUGAGAGACAAUACUGUAAUUUGAACUGAGAAUGCACAGGUCCCUUAGUGUUGAGCGAACCCCCUGUGUAGUCUGAAUGAUAGUACCAAUGAACAAGACUGCUGAUCUUUGCUGCACAAUUCACAUAGGCUUUGAAUGAUGAUGCAAUGUUUCGUCCUUGUAUAUUUCUAUAUAUGUGUGCAUUCUUUCUAAGGAGGAAAAACUGCAGAAAGUCACAUUUCUGUGGUUAGAAGAAACACGUCGCUGCUAUAUCUUUCUCUAUUACAAGGAAGCUAUUUUUGCAAAAAAUCUCUCUUGUUGCCUGCAGGUUCCUCCCAAACACCACACACUUUGUGGCAUCGCGCCCUGGGGAUAAAGCAUCUAUCUUGGAGACAUGUAGAACCGUUUAUCUCAGCACCAUGCAGAAUUUGAACAUGCCUCAAAUUUCUUGGAAAAGGGUGGAGGUGAGGAAAACUGAUGUUGCUGAUGAUGUCAAGAAGCAUGUUUUCUAAUUCACCCCAAGCAAUGGGUGCAUGUUGUCUCUAACAGAUGGAGUCUCCUUUACAGUACUAAGGAGAUGGAGUCGAGCUCAAGAUUCCUAAAAUAUUAUCACAAAUAUUGAAAACAGGAAGGUUGUUAUGAUGAUAUCCAAACUGGUCUUGGUUAAUGUUGUCUUUUACCAGUAAAUAGGGUUGCCACCUUUGUUUGGGCAAAAUGCAGGACAGGGCAGUUGUGGGGUGAUUCUUUUUUUUAAAACUGGAGCUGAAUUGACUUCAAAACAAUCCAUUACAAUCUGCUGCAGCCUAACAGGAUGGCCCCUCUGGAAUUUGUCAAAUGCAUGCGCGCACACACAUAAACAUGAAUUUGUAAAUUUGUCUGUAUUUGGCUACUCAGAGCUUAAAUGACAUUUCACACACGCCUUUAAACACAUACAUUUGGAGAGGAUCCCUAAUUUGGGGGAGAGGGAGAGGGAGAGGGAGAGAGGGAGAGAGAGGGAGAGAGAGAGAAGACCUGAAAUACAGGACAAAUACAUGAAGUAACAUUUUACAUUGAAAUAUGGGACAAUCCUGUAUUAUACAGGACAGAUGGCACCCUACCAGUAAAUGAUGGCAACAAUAGCUUGUGGGUUCAAGCCUCUCAUUGGGUAAAAGAGUCUGCACUGCAGAGGGUUUGACUACAUUACCCUUAUGACCUAAUUCAACAAUUCUUUGAUUAUAGCAUUUGGUCAUUCUCUGAGGGCACCCUUGGUUAGCCUUGAGUGUUCUAGUAAACAUCAAAAUAUUGCCACAUUUCUCAUUGGCCUCCUAAGAUCUUGGGUGUUCUCUGUAUUUACUGUAUCAGAAUAUAGGAUUCAGUUUCUUUUUCAAUCACAGAGAAAGUGUCCUGAAGUGAUCCAGAGGCUCAGAAAGUUGGUUGUGUAUUCAAGUCCUAUAGAAGAGCAAAAGACUGCUAGACCAGUUUACUUCAGUAGUAUAAAUAUACUAUUGGUUGUGGCUUUCAUCUUCCUUCAGAAAGACUGAGAGGUGUGUAGAUCUUCUAGUAUUUAUCUUUACAACAGCCUUGUGGGAUACGUUGGGGUGGCCAAAGUGAGAACUGUGAUAGGAUCGCCUUUUCUUCUUCUUCUUUUGUUUGUUGUCACUGUUGCUGCUGAGAAAAGGUACGUAAAUGCAACUAUGGAUAGAUUUGGAUAGGUGAUGUGAUGAUCUGGGGAGGCAGCUGCUAAAUCAUUUCUCACCAGGCUGUUUUCAUGAGUGAAAAUCACAUUAGCUUCUGUGACCCACAUCUGACUGUUUCCUCUUGAAGAAUCAGUUUUGGAGGAGGAGAUUUUCAUUGUGGAAAUGGUGUUAAGGGAAAGUGCUGGCCCUACAGCCAUUAACACAAAUACAUUCUUCUAAAUUGCUGCAUUUAUCUUAAAAAUAUAGUAUGAGAAAUCUGAGCACAGAUCUCCCCACAAGAAAAAGGGGGGAGGAAGUGGAGAGAGAGAGAAUGGCUCAAGAUCACUAGGGGGUCCCUGUGCCCUACUUUAGAGAAGGCAGUCCUACAUCUGCAUGACUAGAAAAUGCUGUUUGCUGGAGUCCUCUAUUUGAAGAGCUGCCUGGUUCAAGUUCAGUUUAAAGAUAAAGAAGAACCCCAAGAAAAGAGAGUUGGGGGCCUUGAAUCACCAGCUGAUACUUAACACCUGGACAGGAGGCUGAGCAGGUCACUUAAUCACAAUCUUCCCCACCACCGUAUUGUAUUUCUAUUUAAAAUGUAGUAAUAUUUCUAAUUGUCACCCUAUAUGUAUAGAUUAGUGUGUGUAAAUGUGAUGGAGAUCUGUGUGCUCCUUUUGGGAGGCAGUGAUGAUAUGCAAUUUAAGUGGCCAGCCUAAAUCUCACUCCUUAAGCAGGGCAGGGGUUUGGAAGUGUGUCUCCCUGAUUUAAGUCCAGCAACCUGGCCACUAUGUGAUACUGGCUCUCAACUGUAGUAAGUGAUGCAUUAAUCAUUAUCCCCCAACCCAAACUUUCUCCAAAUAUUGAAUCAUCAUACAGAUAAAAAGAAAGAGGUGUUAAUCAUUCUAGUUUUUAAAAGUGUAUCAACUCCUUAAAAUACUAAAUUUAGCUAUAGUGAUUCAGCACAGACAUAGUGGUUCAAUGCAGCCUUUUUUGUCAGUUGCGAAUUGUACUGAUAUGUAUUGGUGCUUUCAUGUGAUGUUUUUGAGUAUUUUUUUUCUCAAUUUGCAAGUGCUUCAUGUGGAGCUGCAGCUACUCCUGACACUGACGUUGCAUUUUUAGUUGUAUGCUGAAGGGAGACAAUUUUUCUGUGAUAUUCUCUCUCUUUCUAGACAAAUUCCAAAGGCAUUAUCCAUCUCCGUACAGAUCAGGAACCUUCAGCAACUAAAUGUUUCUUUGCUAACACUCUGAACUCUAAAAGGUAGGAUUCUUUCAGCAAAAUUUUAUAUAAUUCAUUAGUAUAUAGAAUAACAUACAAAGUCAACAUACAAAAAAGCCCCUGAGGUCUUCUCUUUCUUAAAGCUUACUAAAUUUUCCUGAGAGGAAGCAAGAAAGCCACUGGCCUUCUCUCAGUCAGCAGUGAGCAGCUCCGCAAACUUUUAGGUCUCAUCUGCACUGUACAUUUAAAACAGUAUCAUACCAAUUUAAACAGUACAGUAAUGGCUCCACACACAGCACAGCCACACAAUCAUGGGGAUUGUAGUUUGCUAAGGGUGCUGGGAACCACAAUUCCCAGAGUUCCUUGGAAAAGAGAUCAAUUGUUAAACCACUUUGAAAAUUCUAGCUCUGGGAGGGCAAUGGGGGUCUCUUAACAAACAGUGCUUCCCAGGUUUCUUGCAGGCAUUAGUGUAUAAAGCGGCAUGAUACUGCUUUAAAUGUACAGUGCAGAUAGAUCCCUGUACUCUUCAUUUACCCCCCAGAAAUCCUUGGCAGAGUCUUAUUUAAGGGAGCACAAGCGGUUCACCCACACUGGGUACUGCAACAAUCACAUAGAACAGAAGCUGUAAGGCAAGGGGAACCCAAGUUUUGGCAUUGCACAGGAUGCCACUGAAAUUUGAAAGUUCAAAGUCCGCCAAUGUCUUUUGUAUGUGUUAAAACCUACUAUCAAAGAUUCAAAAGGGACCACUGAGUAGGUUAUUAAGGAUGCUCUUGAACAUUUUGGAUCAGGUUGACAGCAUUAGAGAUCCAUCAUAAUGGGUGGGUAAUCUUGUAACCAUUAUCUUAAAUUUCCACAAAUAUGAGUACUUGUGUUGCGAUGUGAAUUAAGACAUAUUGGAUUGUUGAUGGUACUUUUCUUCAAAAAGCAGCUCAUCCUGUACCUCCUCUUUCCCUUCUCAUUCUUAGGCGAGACUUCAGGCGAUUUCGGGGUCAUCGUGUAUCUUGGUUUCCAUGCAAGGUUGAGAAAGUGGUAAGAGGAUUUUAGAUUUAGAAUUUCUUUAGAGUUUCUUCACAAAGCUGAGGAUGUCAAGGGGUUCCAAAGACACAGACAGACACAAAAGCAGUUCUUGGGAAACAGAUGCCUCCCCGUAAAGUUGGGAAGAGACAUUGAAUUUGCUCGAUGUUUGCAGAUUUCCACAAUGUGAUACUUUGCACAGCACAUUCAUUUAGGAUUUCUGUGUGGUGUGUGUCACAGACACCUGUUGUCUUUCAAGACCGGUGUUAUGUGGUCCCUGCGGCCGCUCCCAGUCACCAGUCUAGCUGCCGCGUUCUGGAUUAGUUGUAGUUUCCGGGUCACCUUCAAAGGUAGCCCCACGUAGAGCGCAUUGCAGUAAUCCAAGCGGGAGAUAACCAGAGCAUGCACCACUCUGGCGAGGCAGUCCGCAGGCAGAUAGGGUCUCAGCCUGCGUACCAGAUGGAGCUGGUAAACAGCGGCCCUGGACACAGAUUUGACCUGUGCCUCCAUGGACAGCUGUGAGUCCAAAAUGACUCCCAGGCUGCGCACCUGGUCCUUCAGGGGCACAGUUACCCCAUUCAGGACCAGGGAAUCCUCCACACCUGCCCGCCUCCUGUCCCCCAAAAACAGUACUUCUGUCUUGUCAGGAUUCAACCUCAAUCUGUUAGCCGCCAUCCAACCUCCAACCGCCUCCAGGCACUCACACAGGACCUUCACUGCCUUCACUGGUUCUGAUUUGAAAGAGAGGUAGAGCUGUUGGUUUCCAUUUGUGAUGUGAAGAGUGAUAAGAACAAACAAGGAAAGCCCACUGCUGGCAUGUCUACUUUGGAUGACCAGAACCCUAAUGUGCCACAGCAAGCAUGUGGACAGAAGGCCCAUCCUGUAAAGUCCCUGAGCUCCUUCAGGAGGAAGGGUGGAACAUAAAUUGAAGAAGGAAGCCAUCAAACCAAUAAAUGGAAUGGGAUUCCUUCACUGUCUGAGUGCCUGGAAUAUUGUCUUUCCCAUGGGGGAGUCCAUAGGAUGGUUUUAUUUCAAAGCCCAGCAGAGCCUAUUUCCAUCUAGCAUUGCCCAGGCAUGUGUGAGCAGAAGAAUGUUGUAUUUAUGCUGCAGGCAUAAAAACAUCUAAGCGAGAGAAAAAGGCCUGCUAACAAAGUGGGGCUGAUGAGUAUACAUGUAUAAUAGGGAUGGGGAAUCUCUUUCAGACAGAGGACCACAUUCCCUUCUGCACAAUCAAGGUGAAUUCUACCAUUGUGCAGUAGCCUAGUUUCUUCACACUCACACAUCCUUCUCUAUUCUCCAUCCAUCCAAGCAAGCAAGCAAACAGCAUCAGAGUUCAAAGACACGUUCCAGCCAGACCAAAACAUUCCAGGAGGGAGGAAAGCACAGCUGGUGAGGGAUGUGGUUGGGAGAGUGUGGGGCUUGUUGAGAAUCCCAAAGGCAGGGUAGAGCAGACUGGAUGGCCACAUUUCCCCCUGGGCCCAAGGUGCCCCCUCGGGCACAGGAUUGUGCAGAUAGUGACUUUCUGUAAUGCUGGUGUGAGAACCUGAUCUGUGUAACAAAAUGGGAUAGGUUUACAUCCAUUGGAAAUAAGUGGUGUGGUUUAGGGUCACCUGGAAAGAAGUGGGAUGUCAUCCUCUCCCAUCCUGCUCCACUUUGAGCCAUAGUUGUUCCUAGUGCUUUUUUUCUGGGGGGGAUGCAUACCCCCAAACAUUUUGUGAAUCUAAGUUUGGCCUCAUUGAGGGGCAGUAUUUCAAUAUGAGUAGAAAAAUGAGAGUACCCCUAAACAUUUUUUUAGAAAAAAGCACUGGUUGUUCCCCUCUUCCCUAUUAAACCUCACCUCACUCUUCCCCACAUUUAUGCUAAUGAACAUUUGAGACUUCGUGAAGCUCAAUAUUAUACAAGACACCAUGAUAGGUCUCAGUGCCUUCUUCUGUUUUAUCUCUUUGCAGAAAACGGGUGUCUAUAAGGCAGAAAUGACAAAGCCAGAUAUAGGAUGGAGAGCCUUCUUUAUUGAGGUAACACACGCAUCCCUAUACACAUGCAUAAGGAUUCACCGAGCAUCAGGACUGAUGGGGAUUCACCCUGAUCAGUCUUCCUGGAAACAGCAUGUUCUUUCAGGAGUGUCAUAUAAUGAUAUGAGUAUUGGGACAUUAAACAGUAAAGCAGGCCAGACAUUGUUGGUCUACCUUUCUCAGGUCACAAAAUGGCUCAUAAGCAUCCACCCCAUUCCAGUACUAUGUCCUCAUUGCCACCCAGAAAUAAAAAUCAGUGUUUGUGGGAUUUUCAUGAAGUGUGCUUGGGACAGGUUAUGGCUUAGAUCAGGGGUUGGCAAAAUUUUUUUAGCUGCGGGCCGGUCCACUGUCCCUCAGACCUUGUGGCGGGUCGGAGAAGCAGCACCGGGGGGGGGUGGGCUGGAAAAAGAGGUGAGGGGGCAAGUAGUCCUCCUCCCCAGCCCCCAGCCCCAGCCACUGCGCUUACCUUCCCAGGGGCUGCCACCGCCGCUGCCACUGUUGCUGCUUCUCGUGGGUAGGCAGAGGGAGCUUGUCCGCUCCAUUCUCUGGCUCACAGGAGCACCAGGGCGGCAGUGGCGGCGGCAGCGGAGGGAAGAUGAGCGGCAGGAAAGGGCUGGCUAUGGAGAGGGGCUGCUUAAAAUGGCGCUCAGCCAGCUCAGCCCAGCCCCCUUCCUCCUCUAGGCAGGGUGGGGAGAAGCCAGGAGGAGGGAGGGAGGAGGCGCCACCGUGGUGUGUGUGAGGGAGAGGGCAGGGGAAUGGAAUGGUGCAGGGGGGAAAUGCGCAGCCCAAACGAACAGAAUCCCCAUGCCAAUCCACGGACAAUCCGCAGGCGGGAUCCUGAAGGCAAUUGGGCCAGAUCCGGCCCGCGGACCUUAGUUUGCUGACCCCUGGCUUAGAUGAAGUGCUCCUAAAGUGGAGUGAUUAACAGGAAGAGCUAUUAGCUGGGUACAGUGGUACCUCGGGUUACAUACACUUCAGGUUACAUACGCUUCAGGCUGCAGACUCCGCUAAUCCAGAAAUAGUACCUUCAGGAUGAGAACAGAAAUCGUGCUCCGGCGGCACGGCGGCAGCAGGAGGCCCCAUUAGCUAAAGUGGUGCUUCAGGUUAAGAGCAGUUUCAGGUUAAGAACGGACCUCCGAAGCGAAUUAAGUACUUACCCGAGGUACCACUGUAUUGCCAUUCCAAAUCCCAGCCCUGGUAUUAACUCAGGAUGGUGUAAUUAUGGAAUGGUGCUUCUUCCUUCACUGCCCCUCUGCACACAUUUCUUAUAAGACGCUGAAAAUGAUACUGACCUACAUCACAUGGUUGGGCAAAUAUUAGUAACCACUUAUAUUACUUCACUUCUGGUGUGCCUCUCCAGAUGUGUUUGUUAUUGAGCAUUCAUGAGAUGUACUCGCAGUGGUAUUGGGUCAGUUAUAGGCAAUCUCACUUUCAAUACUGUUUGCACCUAGGAAAGUUUUGAGGUGGAACAUAUGGCUUCGUUUCCAGUUGGUUCAUGUCCUGUAACAUCCUACUGAAACCUCUAAAGUUUUAUGUCACAAAUGUCCCGGUUUAGGUUUUGCCCUGUUUUUGUUGCACAUAGUACAUGAGUGCUCCUACAGAUGGCAAUAAUGCCACUGGGGGAACAUUGCAGAACAACUAAUGUGUGGCCAGUCUGGUGUAAAACCAUCAAUAACACACUUCUGUUGCAUUCAUGACAUGUUGUAAAAUACACUCACCGAAAAAAACAGUCUUUUUUGUUUGUUUCUACUUUUGAUCUUAAAUUUAAUAAUAAUGACUACCAUAAAUAAUAUAAAUAUCCAUCUUGGAGAGGCCCUAUGCCUUCCAGGAAUGAUGAAGCAACUUCUAACUGCUGUACAUGAAAGCUGUGGUGUUGUGGUCUAAACCACUGAGCCUCUUGAGCAUGCCGAUCAGAAGGUUAGCAGUUCGAAUCCCCACAAUGGAGUGAGUUCCCAUUGCUCUGUCCCAGCCCCUGCCAACCUAGUAUAUUAACUGAAACCAAGUGAUCCAAAGCUGCUUCUGCACAGUCAUUAAGUAUUUUGCUAUAGGGCACUACUCUUAAAAUAUGCAGUAAGACGUAACAAUUAUAUUUUAGAAAUUUCUGUGCUAUAUGCUCCCAAUGCAGCCUGUUUUCCACUCUUUGUAAGGUAAUGUACUGAGCAGAACUGCAAUGUUGUUUGUAGGUAACUUUCCUGGAAUCUGAGAAAAAGAAGUACGUUUUCACCUCAGAGGUUCACAUCAUCCCAGACACUUUUCCAUGUGCAGACUGCAAGGGUGAGGAAUGCUAUGGGGAGCUGGUGUGACAUCCAUCACAGAUGUUCUGGUUCCUGCUGCUGAAAUAAUCCGUGAGGGAAGACACGUGGCACUGAGGAAACCAUGCAGAGGAACAGAUGGGCAGAGAAAUAACCAAGCCUAGAGAAUGUACAGCUCUCACUAUCACUAAAAUGUGGGGAAUUUGGUGUCAUGGGUCGGUGACAGAAAGGUGGGAAACGGGUAGCAUGAAAAUUAUUGGGCAUGGCUGGGAGGGCCCGGCUAUACAGAAUUAUGAACAAGUAACACAACAAAAGAAAGUGCGCCUUUGUAAUUCCUGGAUCUCUGCAUAAUAAGAAAUAAAAGUAUUAUCUUCACUGAAAUUCUGUGCCAGUUCAUGACCAUACCUACAUACAUCUAUUGCAGCCGAACAGUACAUUGUGGGGGAGGGAAGAUGGUUACCUCAGGCAAGCAGCAAUCCUUGCACUGAUGGGACGAUUACCUUUGCAUGGUGCUGAAGUCCACCUCGGUCUCCUUAUUUCACAUCAGGGGCUUAUCAUUCCUCUGUUCAGUAGAUUCUUGUUUUAGAGCACUCUGCAGAAAUAUAGGGCUGUCUCCAACUAAGCGCUCCUCAAGGUAGGCAUAGCAAAAACAGUGGGCCUAAGUUAACCAUGUCCAUUAAUUUCAAUGGUUCAGCUUUGAGUAUUACACUGGUGUGGAGAAAUGUUAUAUGUGUGUCUGUUUGUGUUUUGAUGGAAAAAAUAUGUGUUCUCAAAGUUCAAGGCCUUAUACUGUUACCACGUUGCAAGCCUCUCUUUUUUUUUAAGAAUAAUUUUUUAUUAACCGACCAAUCACAUCAAAUCAAACCAAAUUACAUAAAUUCCAAAUUACACAGCCGAAUUUUAAAUUUUUGUUGGGGGUACCCAUAUUUCAAGUUCCGAAGGGAUCCAAUCAACUUCUUGCUUCUUACUGCUGUUUUAAUGUCCACAAAUCUAACCUUAUGAUGUUCACAGUACUAUCCAGUCCUUUCUUAUUAUUUUUCCACAUCUCUUGUUGUUAUUUUCAUAUAUUUUUCCUUUCUCUUUGUGACCUCUGAUAGUCUCCGCAAGCUGGUUAGAACAGUUUGUAAUCCUGCGUGGAUAUUAUUUUUUUUAUCCAGUAGCCAUAUCCAGACGUUUUCCAUAUAACAUCACUUCCAUACACCAAAACAGUCUUAGCGUCAUUAAUCUUCACCAAUCUGCCUCCUUUCUCAAAACCUCUGAGGAGAUUCACUAGGAAUGCAGUCUGAAAACAAAUCCGUUCUUCCUCCCGGCUAUAAAUCCUUUGGCAAGAUGGCAACUCCGAAUUAAUUGCUGCGCCAUUCCCAAAAAAGGUCCCCCCCCCAUUCAGCCCCGUUGUCAACAUACGCUGCCUUUGGUGUAUCUUCAUCAUAAAAUAUUCCUGUUUCUUCAGCCCGUCGUCUUCUUUCGCAGAGGUCACUUAAAUUAGCAGACUUCACUCCCCUUCUUCACUUGAAAUAUGUGCAUUUGCUUCUUUUGUAAUUAAUUAUUCCAAAUUGCUGCAACUAGUGCGCGAUCAGAGACAGCGUCCAGGAGAGCCGAGGUCCACACGGGGGCAUUCUGCCUAGGGCCCUCACCCCCUUCUUUCGAAUUAGGGGUGAUUUAUGGGCACAGCAGGCAAGGGCAGUGUUCCCCAUUUCCUUGGGGCAACAAGGGAGGCUGCCUACUCCCAUAACAGCCUCUUAAUUACCCCAUGUGGGUCGGAGAGAUGGUAUUGUCGGCCAUCUUCCAAUGCGCCCCCUAGUGGCCCCCCGUUGCAAGCCUCUUUAGCUGUAGCUGUUUUUGUGUGAGAGAGAAAGAAAGAGAAAGAGAAAGAGAAAGAGAGACUAUUGCUUUGAAAAUGUAUUAGCUGGGCUUGGCUCAGGAAAAUUCAUUUUGAUUGGUCUGGGUGACAGCAGUCUGCCAGAGAUUCUCAGCAGUUGGGAGUUACCUGUCAGAGAGAGACAGCUGAGGAGAUGAAGGGGAACUUAGUUGCCAAGGAAAGGUGUGAGGAAAAGACUAGAGAAAAACUGAGGCCUGAAUAUAAAUUCCCAGUGUGUUAUUAGUAGUUGCCUUGUGAGGCUCAGGAGAAGGGAGCCAGUGGCUGAGUUAGUCAGAGAGGCUGCCCUAUAUAAAGGUCAGUGCCAGCCUGUCCAUGAGGCAAGGUGAGUCAGCUGCCUCAAGGGGCAGGAUCCAGACAGAGGUGGCAGAUCUAGCCUCCAUGGAGCCCACCAGGGUGGCAACAGCUGUGGAAGAGGUGGCAGUGGUAGGUGGCUGCCAUGGCAUACUCCUUGGAGACCAGAUCUGCUGCCACCUCCUCCUUGUCUGCAGUGUGUAGGUGCAACAGCAGUAUGUUGACCAGCCCAGAGCAUCACCAAUGGCAGGACACUUGUGCUGUGAAGAGGAGAGUUAUGGGGAGAGGGGAUGGGAUGGUGUGCUGGUGUGCCUGUGCACUGUGCACAAGGAGGCGGUGGUGACAGGUGACUGCAAUGGCUGCCUGUUGUGGCUGCAGAGGGGAAGGCCAUGCUGCCGGAAGACGGCACUUUCAGUUCUGCCGCAGGUGACAAAACGUCCCAGCCUGGACCUGGCCUCCAUCCAUGGGCAUACCAGGAUUUAUGUUGGGCGGGGAGAGGGAGAACCAAGCUAUCUGUGACGCAAUUGGUCCAUUAGUUAAGAAAUUUUAUUUAUUUACUUGAUUAUGCACCCCUUGGUUAUGCCAAGGCCCCCAUCCAUCUCAAUACUGCCUUCAGAGACCGGUUCAAAUGAAAUACAGAGAGUGUCAUCAGUAUACGUAUGACAUUGUGCUUCAAAUCUCCAGACGACAGCUCCCAAUGGCUUCAUACAGAUAUAGAAUCAUAGAAUCAUAGAAUCAUAGAGUUGGAAGAGACCACAAGGGCCAUCGAGUCCAACCCCCUGCCAAGCAGGAAACACCAUCAGAGCACUCCUGACAUAUGGUUGUCAAGCCUCUGCUUAAAGACCUCCAAAGAAGGAGACUCCACCACACUCCUUGGCAGCAAAUUCCACUGUCGAACAGCUCUUACUGUCAGGAAGUUCUUCCUAAUGUUUAGGUGGAAUCUUCUUUCUUGUAGUUUGGAUCCAUUGCUCCGUGUCCGCUUCUCUGGAGCAGCAGAAAACAACCUUUCUCCCUCCUCUCUGUGACAUCCUUUUAUAUAUUUGAACAUGGCUAUCAUAUCACCCCUUAACCUCCUCUUCUCCAGGCUAAACAUGCCCAGCUCUCUUAGCCGUUCCUCAUAAGGCAUCGUUUCCAGGCCUUUGACCAUUUUGGUUGCCCUCCUCUGGGAGGAGGGCAGCCAAACUAUAAGUUAGCAUGGGGGACAGAAUAGCCCCCAGCAAGGUAAAUGCUAUUGGCCAAAACAGUAGUUAACAUUUAGUCCUCCAGGGCUUUACAAACUGUGUGUCGCCACAUUAGUGUGUCGGCUGCAGUGUGUAGGUGAGUCACAUGAAUGCUCCCCACUCUCCCUCCGGGGCUGGAAAGGGGUUUGUUUAACCCAUGAGUAGGCAAACUAAGGCCCGGGGGCUGGAUCUGGCCCAAUCGCCUUCUAAAUCUGGUCCGUGGACAGUCUGGGAAUCAGCGUGUUUUUACAUGAGUAGAAUGUGUCCUUUUAUUUAAAAUGCAUCUCUGGGUUAUUUGUGGAACAUAGGAAUUCGUUCAUUUUUAUUUUUAUUUUCAAAAUAUAGUCCGGCCCCCCACAAGGUCUGAGGGACAGUGGACCGGCCCCCUGCUGUAAAAGUUUGCUGACCCCUGGUUUAACCUUUGGUUUGCUAGUAAAACUGAAUUACUGUGUCAUGAAAUGAUGCAUAUCUAAAACAUGUGUCACCAACAUGAAAAGUUUGGAAAGCUCUGCUCUAGUAAAUGCUGAUAGUUGGAGAAUGACAAAGGCAUUUUUCAUUGCGGCAGCUAUUUUGAUUGCCCCAGAAUGCAUCUCAAAAACAAAAACCCAGACACAUAUACUGUUGAAGUCUCUGCCCAUCAAAAUCAUUUAUCCUCUCCUAAAAGAAAAUGGAGACUUCAAUGGGCCCAUUGUGUGGUGGGUGUAACAUUUCUAAAUUCUUCUUUGUCAUUUUUGGACAGCAUAGCAUUCACUUAAACAGGGACAAGUUGAGUACAGAACCAAUAUAUUGGACAUAGGUGCCUCGUUUUAUGAAAGAUCUAUCGCUGGCUGCAUAUCAAAAGAGAUGCAGAACAAAGGAGUCUCAUCUAAACCACUUCAUGUUUAUUCAUUGGCAUUGUGACAGUUUGUCCUGUACUGAACUCUUGUCUUUGGUGGUAGUGCAACACACUUUGAAGAAACAGAGUGUGGAAAUGGUAUGAUUUGCUACCAAACAGAACAAUCCUGUUCAAGAAGAGGAAAUUAGGAAAAGUUUCAGGAGACAAGAAAUGGUUUAAUGAAGUCAUAUUCUGCCUAAUAAAACCGGCAUCUUUUCAGUCAUCAUAUCAAAUUAGUGCUACUGUAAUGCAAAAAAAAGGGGGGGGGUUCAAUUCAUUUACAAGAACAACUAAUCCCUUUACAGGAAACACUUCACAGAGUUUACAUGCAUUUAAUUCAUUUAAGAUAAUAUUUAAUUGAUGAGACGGUGAUGUCAGUAGGAAGCAUUUGCAUUUGUUAUGCACUGGGAAACAUUCUGGGGCAUACAAGACAUUCAGAGUCUGUUCAAAAGGGACAGAGGAAGAGGUGACAUUAUAAAGUUUAUAGAAUUAUGGAAAUGUAAAAAGCUGAACUUAAAACAGGAAAACGAGAAACUGGGAAAACUGGAUGUGGCAUAGUCAUCCAUCACUACUUGCAAAUGACCAGUUUGUUGAGCAUUCAUCCUGAUUAAUCCUGCAAGGUGGUUAGAUGAUGUCAGCUAUAUUUUGAGCAUUAUCUCUGAUUUGUUUGUUUUACAAGCUUUAAUAUAUUUUAGCUUUACAAGCUUUAAUAUAUUUAAUAAAAAUUUUAGAUUUUAAUAUAAAAUCUAAAAGAAAGAAAGAGAAAGAAAGAAAAGACUUCAAAUCUCCGUCUAUCAGCUUAAAAAACUUAUGCAAAACUCUUACUCCAUAAUAACAUGCAACUCCUCUACUUUCUAUAAACCAACCUUUUUUCAGUCUUCAAACCCAGAUCUUAAAAGCUCAUUUUCCUUUUUGUGCAGAAAGUCCAAUAAGGGGUUUCUAAUCAAUAAAUGUCGUCAGUGGUUUUUCUCUGAUUAAGCAUGUCAGCUUUGCCAUCUUAGCAAAAUUCAUUAAUUUCAAUAAUCAUCCUUCCAUUGUAGGCAAUAAUAAGUCCUUCCAUCUUUGUGCAGAUAACAAUCUGAAAGGCUGGUGGCAGCAGCUGAGGCUGCAGUUUCUCUGUGUGCCUUUUCCUGCCUCUUUGUGUUGUGUUUCCCACGGAUGCCUGGCUCCCCCCCCCCAUCCUGCUGGCCACGAUGAUGUCCCUCAACAGCAAGCAGCCCUUUGGCAUGGCAUACUCCCGUUGCCCUGGCCUUCCCUCUCUGCCAGACUGAGACUCUAUUACACUCUCUCUCCCUCUCCCCACUUCUCUCUCUCUCUCUCACCCCUGCAAUACUGUUUAUGGGGCGCAAUACUUGGGGCGCAAUACUUGCUUUGUCCCGGGUACUGGCCACCCAUGUUACACCACUGCUUGUUACCAUUAUCUGCCUCAGUUCCUCAGACUCUCCUCCUGAAGAUGUUAGUUCAGGCACAGGGAUGUGCCUUAUAGCUUCCUUUGGGAAGACAGAUACAAAAAACCAACAAAAACCAACAACCAUUCACCUCUGCUGUCUCCUUAUCUUCCUUUAGUACACAUUUGACUCCCUUAUCUUGCAGGGGACCAACUGCAUACCCUCCAACAGUUCUCUGAUGAAAAUAGGGACAUCCUAUUCCAUAACAACAACAACAACAACAGCCCCUGCUGGAGGCUGCAUUCACACAGACAAAACAUUUUCUCCCUCAUAACACUAGAACUUGUGGAGAUCCAAGGCAGCUGAAUGUUGGGAUAUUUGAGAUAGAUAAAAAGGAAAUGCUCCUUCACACAAUUUGAUUGUCCACUUACAAUAUCCCCACCCCUAAACUGUCGUUCCAUGCUGCCUUCACAUUCCGUUCUCACUGGUCUUUGAGUGCCAUACUCCAAAAGGGCUUGACCCACAUCACGUCCAAACACAAACUCCAACCACGGUUCAUUAUGCAUUGCUAAUCAGAUCAUCUCAUUCCUGUUUCUCACUUGAUGCAGACCAUACUCAAAUUAUUUAAUUAGGAAUGCAAUGCAACCAAUCUAAUUACAAUUACAAUUGCAAAAAUUAGUGUGACAUGUGUGCUCAUUAUAUUAAGAGAUGCCUGAUAAAUGAGUGUUCCUGUCAUUGCAUGAAUAGGCGGCCUCAGUGGACUGAUGGGAAGCAGGGUUCAUUCUACCAGCUUUGCAGAAAGCACAGCUCCAUCAGACACCUCCUGUCUGCCCCUGAGCUGUUUCUGGGCUUUCUAGUCAUCAGAAGUAUUAUACUUUAUAUAAGAAUUGGCACCUGAGUUUGUUUUCUCCCUUGAUCCUUUUCACUUCUGUGUUAAGUUUUUAGACUGCUAGCCUUGGGCAAAGGACUGUCUUGUUUUAGUUGAGUGCAUGUAAUGUGCUCUAAGAGUCUUUUUUGGCUGAACAGCAGGAUACAAAGGCUCCAAAUCAAUCAACCAACCUCUUUAACAAUCUCAUGAUUCUUUUCAGAGGCAAAGUACAAAUUUAUUUCGUACUGUUUCCUAAACUCAUACGAACCACACAUGUUUAAUGGUAUAGUACCGUACCUAUAUUCUAAUCUUUAUCACGAGUAGAUGAAGAAUUUGGGAAUCCAUUGUGUUCAGUUAAGGAUGGAUACACCAAGGUGCAAGUAAUCCUGUUACAUGACUAUACCUACCUGGACUUAAAUACGCAAUGAGGUAGUGACCUCAGUCUUAAAUUUGGGUGUACGCAUGAGACCCUGUUCUAGCUUUUGUGCACUUAAGAGUGCUUCCAGACUGUUGAUGCUUUUGGCUUGAGAUUCAAUCACAUACCAGCAAAUUCAGGUUGUACAAUUACAGCUGAUUUGGUGGUGCUGUGGGACCGCUUAGAGUUUUUUAUUAAAAUUCCACCCUUUGUAAGUGAUUGGGAUUGCACGGGGAAUUGUAGGAUAUCAUUUGAUUCAUGCAAUGUCAUUUAAUCUCCCUGCAAACAAAUCAGAAAUUUGAAAUGGAAGAGGAACGAGAAAAAGAAUGCAUUAUUAAAUUGACAAAAAAUGGGUUAUAAUAUACAGAUCGAACAGUGGGAGCAUAUGUGGACUAAAGGGUUAAAAUACACAUUGUGUUAUGAUUUAAAAGAGAAUUUUUUACAAAAUGACGUACUGUUGGUAUCUAACUCCUGAGAAGUUAUUUAGAAUGUAUAAAAACGUGCCAAGUGUACAGUAUGUUGGAAAUGUCAAGAACAUGAAGGUGGAUCUGGAGAAAAAGCUUUUAAAAAAGGAUAAAAAUACAUACAUUGAUACAGAAGAUUUUGAAAGUUAAUGUUCAACUGAAACCAGAGCUCUUCCUGUUGGGACUAAUAAAUAUGCAACUAGAAAGAGAAUCAGGAAGAUAAUCGCAAUAUAUGGAGGGUAUGGAGUUAUGCAACCCCUGAGCCAAGGAAAUACUGUAAGUUGCGUGGCAAGGUCCCAAACCCUCCAGGAAGUUAAUAAGUGGGAGGGUGCUUUGUGACUGGAAGUCAAUAAAGAAUAACUGUCAGGAUUAUUUCCUGCGCUCAUUAGAUAAAUCUGCAUAAAUGCUGUCUUGGCCGUGUGAUUCAGGGCCCUCCCUGCUACGAGACUUGUAUAAAUACUGGAGAAAGUUGUUGUGACAUUCAUGGAAAGAACGGCUCUAGAUGAAAGCUUUGGCAUACACUACCAAGCCUUGUGGAACUUUCCUGCUGGGAGCAACUGUGAUCUGAAGUGGGAGAACUGCUGCUGAACAAAGGCAGGUAUCUCUUUCAAGGCAACUAUACUUGCUUGACCAUGUAUGCUGCUUUCUCUGUUCUCCUCCUGGCAGCCGGCCUGCCCUCUGGAUGGGCGCAGACGGCCCUGGAUGACUACGUCAAGCAGUAUGACCCUCACUACAACUACACUGUCACAAAGAAGGAAGAUAGGCCUGUCGUGACCGUCUAUACCGUCAACAUGACCUCCUUGAAGUGGCAGAAUGGUGAGAGCAGCAGUUUUGAAAUACGGAGGAACGCAUUUCUGCAGUGCCCUUUUUCUUUGCGGAGGAUGAGAGGGAGCAGGCAGGGAACCUAAACCGGGGAGGUGGCUGCUGGGUGGGUGUGAUCCGCUCUGUGGGUGGUAAGGAAACCAGGAUAACUCAGUUGGUUAGAGUGUGUUGCAGAUAACGCCAAGGUUGCAGGUUUGAUCCCCAUACAGGACAGCUGCAUAUUCCAACAUUGCAGGGAGUUGGUCUAGAUUAUCCUCAGGGCCCCUUCCAGCUCUGCAAUUCUAUGAUUCCAUGAGCAGCAGUAGGUAAUCGUUGGGUCUCCCUGUGGCUAGCUAUGGAAGGGGAAACUGAAUCAGUUUUGAGACCCUAAGAGGAAUCCAAUAUAUGCAUUUUAAACAGCCAUAAAUAUUGGAGAGUUCUUGCAAAGUAAGGAGAAUGUCUCGUCUUUCCAGUCUGCUCUCAGCUUGCUUAGGGGAGGUGGCCAGAGGUAACACAGCUUAGGGUAGAUGGAAGUUGUUCUCCUGAUGGUCAUCCUAGCUUGCGUACAGUCUUUGCUCAAAGCUGCCCUCUCUUCAGUCUUCUUUGCUAAAUGGCCCAACUCCUCUGCGAGAUCCUUCAACUCAUUCAUUUCCAAAAAGGGCACGUGAAAGCAUCCUUAAUACUUAGUGAAUUCUCUGUCAAAGAACACAUGCCAUCUGUAAUAAAUUAGGCAAAACGGGAGCAAAAAUAAUAUACUGCUAAUUGAAAACAAAAACAAAAACACACCCUUCAAGAACUUUACAAAACAAAAACAAAUAACAAGCAAUACAAACCACCCCACUGAAUCCUGGGAAGUGUAGUUUGUUAAGGGUGCUGGGAAUUGUACUUCUUUAAGGGGUAAACUAUAGUUCCCAGGACUCUUUGAAGGAGAAAAAUUAUUUCAUUGUGCUUUAAAUGUAUGGUGUUAAUACAGCCCUCAGCGGGGCGCAGCAAGAGUGGCAAUUACAAACUGGGGGGGAAAUUCAGUAGUUGUCUCACAAAUGAAAGGAGUUCCAGUGUGAAUUCCAACCUGGGAGUGAGGGACAAUGACAGAAGUAACCACGUCUUGAAUGGGAAGAUGGUGACCCUAAUUUAAGGGUGGAAAACCUGUGACCAUCCAGAUGUUGCUGAAUAACAACUCCUGUCAUUCCUGACCAUUGGCUACAACUGCUGGGACUCAUAGAAGUUGGAGUCCAACAACAUCCGUGCCCUAAUGAACUUUAUCAUUGUCAGGGGGCGUCUAGUGCCCUUGCUUUAGUUUCUUCAUGGCUAACUCUCUCUUUCCUUUGUAUUAACUAAAUAUCAGUUCUGUGUAUCUGUUUUCAGAUUCUGAAGUGGACCGAUCAAUCUGGUGGCAUACGAUGACCAUUGCUGUGUCAAAGAACCAAAGGAUAAAGGACUCAUGUUUGCUGAUGAUUGGGAAUGGAAGAAAUGAUAUUGCUCUUGAUAUCCCGGACUUAACUCCUGAUGAUGCCAUUAAUGCGGCAACAUCUACUGGGUCGUAAGUAAAGUGAAGGGUCACUGCGCAUAUCAUUAGUUCUACUGUGUUCAGUUCAGACUAUUAAGGGAAUUAGUAGCCCUACUAGGAUAGAGAACUGAGCCAGUUGUACGUGCUGGAGGACUGUACCUUAGAACAAACUUUUCUGGGGUGUGGGGUGAUGAAGGGAAUUAGAGGCAUGCAUCAGAUUCAGAGAAAUCCUGAUUCCAGGAAGGAUGUCUCAGGAAGAUACUGGGUUUGCCUGAAGUGAAGCUAGACAUAUGUGAGGUGCAAAUGUCAACAGUAGGACCCCUGAAUUGCCUCAUAGUGCCUUGGCAAUUCAGACAUACAAAGACAGAACACUGCAGGAAAGUGUCUAUUAAAGGCUAAACUAAAUGUCUCUAAGCUUAUCAUAUAAAUAAUAACACCAGUAUGAGUUGAAAGCAAAGGCAGAGCUCUGUUGUAAUGGAAAGAUCAAUGUUUAAAGGUGCCUAGCAUAUAAACAUCCCUGGAUCUAUUUCUCAGAUAUUUGGCUGGUAUCUUACCCAGAGACACCUCUUCCAUUGCAAUUUGUAGACUAACUGUCCACAAAACACUAGUUGGAUGAAGUGAUUCCUUUUUUUACCCACCCCAAAAACAACAACAGCUGCCAUGUGGGAAAGCCAAUGUACCUAUUCUCCUUAAAUGUGGUAGUGUUGGUGCCCUCAGAAGUGGCGACCUUGCCAGCAAAUUUCAUCUAAUUCUGUUGACAAAUUAAAAAAUUAUAGAAACCCCCCCUUUUUUUUGCAUGGACAGGUGGAGUUCCCCCAACCCCAGGCGACCCCCUAGCGGAAUAAUGACUCAAGACAACGUGCUGUGGGAUUAAAAUUGCCCACAACUUUAUUAAGUUUCAGAUGUAGAGAGACCUUGGCUCAGGCAUUGGGCAUUUAUCCUUCCCAGUCCCCAGCCGGGGCUCUGGGGGACAUCAGGGUUAUCUAGAAUGUGUAGGGAUUAGGCUGGCUCUGGAGAACAUAUGUUCAAGCAGAGAGCCCGCCCCCGGUUUCGCCACCAUCGCAGGGGAAAGCAAUGACAACCUCUCGGCGUAUGGCCAAUGCCUCCCCUCAAGACCCCUUUAAUGGGGAACCCUGGGAUCACCGCCACAAGGGGGGCGUGGGUCACCGCUUCACCCCCCCCCCCAUUUAGGAAGAUAGACUAAACAAUUCUGCCCAAGGCCUGAAACCGCCAAAGUUGUGACGUUUUGCUAUGGGAAAGGCAAAACCUGCCCAUGCAGGCCCUUCAACAGCGACCAUGACGUAGCAGCGCCCACGUACCUGUGGAGAAGAGGUUAACCUGCAAAAGAAGACUUAACUGAGGGAGGGCAGGGUGGGAGAAGUUCUGGAGCCAACUGACGCUUCACAGGUAAGAUUCACCUUCUGCUGUGUGGGCAGGGCAGACCCCUUACCUGGCUGAUCCCCUGGCAAUGCUUCCCCAGGCGGGAUUGGGCGAUUGGCUGAGGUAGGCGGAGACCUCCAGGUAUCCAGCCUGGGGAGCGUGAAGCCAGCCCGAACUACCGGGAGCCACAAUGGGAUCCAGGGGGCUGCGCGCGACCACAUUUGAUGUGUGGAGCGGUCAUUUUUUAAAAGUCACACUUUGGAGGGGCUUUUAUUCCUGCAAAUUUCUGUCAAAAGAAUAAAAGUUAUACCCAUUUAAAAAAUUUCUCGGUUGGGAAAAGGGACAGGGAGAGCAAACAAACUGGAACUAGAUGGACCCUGAGCUAAAUUAGGCAGUUUAAGAAAUGCCUUGGAUUGCAGUGGGCAGUUUUCUGAAGAACUAGAUCAAGAUAUGAGCCAAAUGUUGCAGUUGGUGCCAUCCCUACUGAGAACUGGACAGAAGCACAAUACAAAUGUCUGAAAGCAUCUCUGAGGGUGUUUUUGUAGCAAAUGUUUCCUUUGGUGAUGAAACCAUACAGAGGUGUUUUAUUGUCUGCCUGCGUACGUCACAAUGUCUCCUGAAUUACUGCUGUGAGGAGGAGAAAGUAGCAUCUUAAGUGUGAAGUAAUGGAGUUACAUUGGCAAUGCAUUAUGAAUAGUACGCCUAAAUUUUUAUGUGCAUGUUGACAGAGAGACAAGGGCACAGCAAACAGCAAUGCAGGCUAGUAAGUUAAUGCCGUAACAAGAUAUAUUUUAAAUAUCCCUACCAUUAAAGACAAAUAUGCUUGAGGUGUGAUAUGUUUGCAGCCUGUGAGUGCAACUGGAGGAGAAAAUAUUGAGUGCUAAAUGGCUAGAUAAUAAAAAUAAAGUUAAUAGUCUAAAGGUGAUCUAACCCAAUUCACUGUAUUCAAGAAAGUUUCUCUAUGUUCAUUCUAUCACAUUAAAAUCCUUUAAGAAACUCUGAUGACUAUGAUUUACUGUCAAUUAAAACAGCGCCAACAUAACAGCAUAUUCAUAUAAUCUCUGCGUCCUCUGUGCAGAGUGUAAUAUAGAGUGUGCCUUGAUUUCAUGACUAGGCCAUAAGCUGCCUGGAACUGCUGACUCUGGUAUCUUUGACAUCACGUCUGUAGACUGUAGAGGCAUUUGCUUGGGUUGAUGUUCUUUUUCAAGAAGCAUGAAUCACUUUCACUGCCUUUGUAGAACUGAAACUGUUGACUAAUACUUUGCUUUGUCUCUGAAGUUGUGCAGCUCUUGUGCAGCAGAUCCCAAACCAGCCAAUCACCUAUCGUGUAAGUCCUGUUUGAUUCCCCCCCACCCCCCCCAUACUGGGAACUCCCCAAACCCUUUUCUAAAUUCUCAUCUAAGAGUUUCACAGAAUGAAUUUGUUGGGUGAAAGGGGAGGGCAAAUCUUUGAAUUGUGGUUUCUCUCCGUUUUUCAUUUUUUCUUAAAUUCAUUUUUCCACAUCAUUUUGUGGUUUAGUUGUUGCUGUGGUUUUUUUUUUAAGUCUCAUGAAAUUUCACCAGCAUUUUAUUGCAAAUUUAUCCUGAUGUACACAUUCUUGUAUGAAAUUUCAUGUAAUGCACACAUUAUUGAAAGCCCUCAAUCCUCAGUGUUAUGCAUUUUGUAUGCUAUUUCCACUAAUAAAGUAUUUAGUAUUAAUUGCUUUUCAUGCAUGAUCUCAACACAGUUUAUAAAAAAUAUGCUAAAAACAGUUUAAAGCAAUACAGAGAACAGCAGAUGCAUUUAAACACACAAUCCAAUCCAAAAUAAUGUCUUUGUUUCCAAAAAGUACAGACAGUGAGUGUCUGUCAUCUUGCACACAAUUCAGAAAAGUGUGAAUUUUGAUGGAUAGCAGUGUUUUGGUUUUUGUGUAGCUGGGGAAAGACUUGGCUGGCACACUGUUCUACCAGAGGCUUCCAUGACAGAUUUUUUUUCUCCUAAAACACUCUAUUGAGGAGGGCAUUUACUUUCACAGAGCAAAAUCCAAUAGAAGUCUACAGUUUGUUCAAGAACUAUUCUUUAUAACAAAGUGUAAAUUUCUGAGAAGAAAUUGCCAUUCCAUUUGCAAAAGUGUUCAAAAUACUAGAAUUAAAAUAAAUUGUCCCUAGCACUGUAUCUCAAAGAUGUGUGUAAAUCAAAGAAAUACAGAUCAUUUAAAGGGUGGGUAACAUGUUUGGGAACGCUGGGCUCAAUAAAAAACCCAUUAAUGUUUCAUCCACUUUGCCUCUAGAAAUACCCCAUCGAAAGAUGCAAGAACAGCUUGGAAAAUGAUGAACUGUUUUGCUCAUGGUGGAAGUUCAUGAACGAUGAGACUGCAGGGCCAGAUGUGCUGAUUUUGUUCCCAAUGGUCAAGGUAACUCUGGCUUCUUUGUCCUUCCUGGAUUGGCUAGCAAACAGACACUUUCAUCAUUAUAGAGCAUGUUCUUUGUUGUUUCCGGCCAUCAGUGCUAUCAUCUGGAUGGGGUGGUAGCGCAAAAUUUCUACUUCAUGGUUUUCACAGCAAUUCUACCAGCUUGACUGCCAGGGCUUAUACCAAUACAGUGGUACCUUGGUUUAAGAACAGCUUAGUUUAUGAACAACUUGGAUGAAGAACGCUGCAAACCCAGAAGUAGGUGUUUUGGUUUGUGAACUUUGCCUUGGAAGCAGAACAUGUUCCGCUUCCUGUUGAGUGUGUUCCAUUUGUAAAUUGAGUCCUCCACUGCUAUGGGAAAGCACACCUUGGUUUAAUAACGUUUUGGUUUAAGAAAGAACUUCCGGAACAGAUUAAGUUCGUAAACCAAGGUACCACUGUAUUUUAAAGUGUGCUUUUUCUGUUAGUAUAAAAAGCCCCCCUUAAAAUUUCUUUCAGUUUCAUUGAAUGAUAAUAUUUUAGAAUGGCUGAAGAAAGUCUAGAUUUCUUUUCAGAACAUGUAAAUUAAAUUAUUUUCUAUAAAGUGGUACCUUGCAAGACGAAUGCCUCGCAAGACAAAAAACUCGCUAGACGAAAGGGUUUUUUGUUUUUUGAGCUGCUUCGCAAGACGAUUUUCGCUAUGGGCUUGCUUCGCAAGACGGAAACGUCUUGCAAGUUUGUUUCCUUUCUCUUAACUCCGUUAAUACAGUUGUGACUUGACCUCGAGGAGCAACUCAUAGAACGCGGUGUGGUAGCCUUUUUUGAGGUUUUUAAAGACUUUGGUGAUUUUUGAAGCUUUUCCAAAACUUUCCCGACACUGUGCUUCGCAAGACGAAAAAAAUCGCAAGACGACAAAACUCGCGGAACGAAUUAAUUUCGUCUUGCGAGGCACCACUGUAACUUGAGUAGACUGUUUGUGGACAAGAAUCCUGAGCUAUUGACAUACAGUAUUAUGGAACAUGAGCACUGUAUACAAUGGCAUGAAUUGCAGUUGAUUUCAAUACCUGUCUAGUCAGAGGUAAGAUCCAUGGAGUUCAAACAAAGGAAGAAACUUUCUCCAAAAAACCUUUGUUGUGUGUGUUAAGGGAUGUGGCUAUUAAAACCUGUCCAUUCCUAACUAUAAAAAACCCCAGAAACAGAACAGAAGAAAAAACUAAACAGUGACUAUUAUUAUUAUUAUUAUUAUUAUUAUUGCUGUCCAUCUGACUGGGUUGCUCCAGCCACUAUGGUUGGCUUCCAACAAGUUAUAAAACCACAGUAAAAUAUCAGACAUUAAAAACUCCCCUGUGCACCUUUCAGAUAUCUUCUAAAAGUCAGAUAGAUGUUUAUUUUCUUGACAUCUAAUGGGAGGACAUUCCACAGGAUGGGUCCGGCUACCAAGAAGGCCUUCUGUCUGGUUCCCUGUAACUUCACUUCUUGCAACGAGGGAACCACCAGAAGCUGGAUCUUAGUGUCUGGGCUGAAUGAUGGGGGAUAUAUAGGGCCGAAGCUGUUUAAAGGCCAGUGUGAACACUUUGAAUUGUGCUUUGAAAUGUACUGGAAGCCAACACAGAUCUUUUACGACGGCCGUUAUAUGGUCCUGGUGGCCCCUCCCACUCACCAGUCUGGAAGCCACAUUCUGGGUUAGUUGUAGUUUCCAAGUUACCAAUCAGUGAGAUUUAUUCAUUCUGUUUUUAGAAUUACUCAUCAGUUGGUGAUGAGUACUGUUUCUCACAUUAAUACACUGUGUGCACCCUCAGUAUUUUGCAGAUUAGCAUGGGGCUCCAUUAAGGCUCUUAAGGCCCAUUAAGACAAACCUUCUGGUGAUGGCAUUGUCAUUAUGCCAUGCCAACAACUAACUCCUUUGAAUUCCAGAGGAUGUAAUCCUUUUCUCUUGUGUACAGGCUGCUGUACGGGCCAUGGACACUGUAACAGAUUUACUACUGAAAGAAUCUGGUGGGAUGAUGAACAUCACAAAGUUCUCUUUGAUAGGUGCUUCUAAGGUAUGUAUGAAGUGCAGGUCUGUGCUCCUUUGA